GUCGAGGAGAAGUGACUUAAUACGGAAAUCGAAAACGGAAGAAAGCAUAAGGAGAAAAAAUGUUUAAAAAUUCCAAAAGUGCUUGGAUAUGUGUUCUGAUGUGUCUUGGCUCUCCAGCCUGGGGAAGUUUCCAUCAUGGUCCAUCGGCGGUGGGUGUACCCGUGGGUGUUCCUGUUCCAGUGCCAGUUCCGGUGCCCUCUCCAUAUCCGGUUCCAUCGCUAGUGGCUGUUCCCGCUCCAGUGGCAGUUCCCGUUUCCGAUACUGUGACAAUCCCAGCGGUUUAUAACGCCCAUCAGGCAUUUGCCUAUGGAACGGAAGAGCAUUAUGCUCCUGCUCCUCCACCGAUCUUUAAAUAUUCAUCAUCAUAUGCUGCCCCUCAGCCAGUCAUCAAAUACUCCUUGGGAGCUCCAGUGACCACUACUACCACCACAUAUACGGGAUUUGCUGCACCACCAACGUCUCAUUUUGCAGCAGCACCACCAGUUCAAUUUGCAGCACCACCUCCACCACAAUUCCUAACGAGAUAUGCUGCCCCGCCCACUGGUUACCAGUUUGCAGCCGCCCCCUCUUUCGGAAGAUACAAACUCCACUUUGGAGCACCACCACCACCAUCAUAUCAUCAUUCUCCGGCUGCUGUUUAUGGAGCUCCCCCAGCAACAUUUAACACUCAGGGCUGGUAACUCAUGAAAACCCCAGAUGGGCCCCUCAUUAUGCUCAUUAUGCAUAACUAUGAAUGAUAAUUUCCUCAAAUUAGCAAUUAAUUAAAUCUAAAUAAUGUUGUUAUGUUUCGUAUUAUCCGCGACUCGUGAAUUUAUGCGAAGAACGCGGAGCGUAUCGAUUUAAUUAUGCUUAUAUCAAAAACCCAUAAAUAAUUCAGACGUUUUCAUGGCUUUGAGCUAUCUUUUGGCUCCGCCAAUUUUGGUCAAAGGCGAGGCAUUGAGA